AAUACCAACAGUCUCUCUGGCAGAGGUACUAACCCCACGCUUUACUCUCUCCCGCUCUCUGCUAGGGUUUUAGGGGCAAGGGUUUCUCGUAAAAAUUCCAAAAACCGAGUUCAAGCAAUGGAUAGGUACCAGAGGGUCGAAAAGCCGAAGCCCGAGUCGCCGAUAAACGAAAACGAGAUCCGAAUCACCACUCAAGGCGCCAUCAGAAACUACAUCAGCUAUGCCACCACUCUUCUCCAGGAAAAACGUGUUAGAGAGAUUGUCUUGAAAGCAAUGGGACAGGCAAUCAGCAAGACAGUAGCUAUUGCAGAGAUUUUAAAGAAGAGAAUUGCCAGGUUGCAUCAAGAUACUGCCAUUAGCUCAAUAAGCAUAACUGAUGUAUGGGAACCCAUUGAAGAGGGACUAGUACCUGUGGAGAUGACUCGCCAUGUCUCAAUGAUUUCAAUCACCUUAUCUCCUAGAGAGCUAAACAAAAGUUCUCCUGGGUACCAAGCUCCACAUAAUGCUGAACAACCAAAGCCACAAUCUACUUAUCAGCAGCAACAACCACCAAAACAAGCACGUCCUGCAUACAACGCUGUUGCCGAAGAUUCAUAUGGCCGAGGACGGGGUCGUGGUAGAGGGAGAGGGCGGAGUUGGGGCAGGGGUGGAUAUGGUGGGAACUACCAAGGUGGAUAUGGGAACUAUCAGGGUGGAGGUGGAUAUGGAUAUUAUCAAGGUGGAUAUGGAAACUAUCAAGAGAAUGGUGGAUAUCCAAACCGGGGCCGAGGAGGUGGGCGAGGCAGAGGUUGGGGCUAUCGUGGUAACCAGGGAUAUGAAAGAGGUAACCAGGCAUCAUAUGAAAGAGGUAACCAGGGAUAUGAAAGAGGUAACCAGGCAUAUGAUAGAGGUAACCAGGGAUAUGAAAGAGGAGGUAGCCAGGGAUAUGAAAGAGGAGGUAACCAGGCAUAUGAAAGAGGAGGUAACCAGGGAUAUGAAAGAGGAGGUAACCAGGCAUUUGAAAGAGGAGGUAACCAGGGAUAUGAAAGAGGAGGUAACCAGGCAUAUGAAAGAGGUAACCAGGGAUAUGAAAGAGGCAGAGGGGGAGGGGGUAGAGGGUAUGGCCGUGGGCGGGGAAGGAUGGGUGGCCGGGGAAGGGGUGGUGGCAACCAGGCAUAGUAAGAACUGCUCUCCUUUUUUUCGUUGCUUUAGCUAAAUGCUUGCCUUGGGCUGUGGGUUGAAUGUAUACGAGUACAGUUGUAAUAGCGUGAAAUAUGGUUCACAAUCUCCAGCAUUAUUAUGCGGUGUUUUUGAAGUGUUUUUCAUUAUAUGGAUGUGGGCAAGGUUGUGCUGCUCUUCUUUUGCAUAUCUACCCAAAAGAUCAAUUUGGUGGGUUUAUGAAUAUGAGUGCUGUAAUUCAUUUACCCCUUUGGUUUCCAA